AUGGCGAUGACACUCACUGCGAACCUUUUGGAAGAGUCUCGCCACUAUGGCGAUUCGCUAUUCAGAGCGUUGUCAGAGAAAGAAUCCCUCAAAACAUUCCUCUUUGGAUAUCCCAUAUCUCAUUCCUUGGCUCCAAUACUACACUCCACAAUCUGGGACAGAUUGAAUAUGACAUGGACAUAUUCAUUUGUGGAAUCUUUGGAUAAGAAAGAUUUCCUCCCAUCAUUGGGAUCUCCGGAAUUUGUCGGGGCUGCAGUGACAAUGCCGCACAAGAUAUCCAUGAUGGAAAAUGUCGAUGAUUUGACGGAAAGCGCACAGAUGAUUGGAGCCAUUAAUACAAUAUUUGUCCGGUGUGACAAGCGGGGCAAUCGACAAAAUAUUGGGGCCAAUACCGAUACAAUCGGUAUCUAUGAAGCAUUUGAGAGAAAUUUUCCCGGGUCUUCAAAAGAGAUAGGGACUCACAGUGGUCUCAUCGUUGGAAGUGGCGGGGCGUGUAGGAGUGCAAUCUAUGCUUUGUGGAAACACUUUCAUGUCCAGGAGAUAUAUCUUGUGAACAGAGCGACGGAAGAGGUUGAGAAUGUUAUUUCAUGGAUGCUUGAUGCAGGCAUGACACCGAUGAUAACCCACAUUCAGACAGUGGAAGAGGCCAAGGCCUGUUCGGGAGUCUCAUCCAUAAUUGGGACAAUUCCCGAUAUUCCGCCAAAGACGGCCGCUGAAAUCGUGGUACAGCAGAUUGUGACGGAGUUUCUCCACAAGGAAAAGAAAGGAUACCUGAUGGACAUGUGUUACUUUCCUCAUCCACUAACUAGGUUGAUUCGAUCCGGCCUUGAGAGCGGGUGGACUGUGAUUCCUGGAAUCGAGCCAUUGAUAUACCAGGGCAUUGCUCAGCAGGCUCUGUGGCUCGAAAGGGAGGUCGAUGACUCGGUUGCAGUAGAUGCCGCGCAGAGAGUCAGGCAUAGAUGUGGCAUCCAGAGUUCAGAUCUCUUGAAUGCCAAUGGCGUGGCCAGAGGCCCAAAAUUCUAA